AUGUCAUGGCCCUCAUCGCAGACGCUGCUUCCAACCGUUCUAGUCGUCUGUGCCGCCCUCGCCUGGUGGUUUACUGAGCCCAAGACCGCCCACCUCAACCUCAUCGUCUCCAUCGGCUUUGGCCUCUUCUUCUGGGCCGUCGCUCCCGGAUUGGCCCGCGAGGUGUCCGCCAACAUCUACGCCUACUGCAUGACCACGAUCACUCAGUCAAGCCUCGAUACUUUUGUAGCUGAUAAUGCCACCAUGCUUCUAACCGGUGCCGCUGUCGUAUGGUUGCUGCGGAGAGCAGUGCAGACGCUAUGGAAACCCGUCCCCGAACUCAUCAACAUCCUCGGUGUCGAUGUGCCUGACGCCCCGGAUGUCAUGCUGGCCGGCAUAGGCGUGGACAAGGCGACUGUCAACUGGGCUCGACCGCAGCCAAACAAGCCGGUGCAGAAGUUCCUGAUCCAAGUCAAUGGCGUAGUUGUGGGCGAGUCGCCGGCAAACCAAGAGACGGCGAUCACGGUAACGGGUCUCAAGCCGAACCACUUCUACAACGUUCGCGUCAUCGCGGUCGGGUCGAACAACUUCCAAGCCGGCAGUCGGGUGAUCCGCCUGCGAACCUUCGGGCGAGAUGGACGACCACAGCUAGGCAACGCGCGCUUGCCUCCCAACUUCGAGCCGGAAGACCCGCCUUCCUCGGCGCAUGGCGACCAUGGCGAUGAGAAUGGCGGUCCCCGAAGUCCUAUUCCGUCCAUCGAGACAGCUACGAUUCCCGACGGCGCGCCCUCGCUGCCUCGGGAGACAAGUUCGUCGGGAGCCGGUCCUCGCAGAAAUACCAUAGGUAGGAAACACUCGCCUUCCACGGGCAGCAUGGACCACAAGUCGGCGCGAAAAGACAGCACAGGACAGUCCGAGGCCGAGAUACGGGAGCUUGGAGAAAAGUUCGACGCCAUUCGCAAGGAGGCCGAGGAAACCGCGGCUCUUAUAGCGAGAGAGGAAGAGGAGAACAAAAAAUUACUGGACGAGCUGGAGCAGGACAAGAAACUGAAGAAAGCAGAUCAGAAGAAGAAAGAGGAGCAGACAGAAAAACUGAAGAGAGAACUUGGCGCAACCGACCGAGCGAUGCGCUCAACACUACAACGAAAAGCACAAAAGGAGAAAGAACUUAAGUCAAAACAGGCCGAUAGAGCCCGAUAUCACGAUAACAUGGUAAAGUGGGAGAAACAAAUCGCGGGUUGGCGCAAGGAGCAAGAGUCCUUCCUAGAGCAAAGAAAGUCCUUGGAGGACGGAGGUAACGAGAAGAAACAGUGCCUCCGAGAAGGCAACGAAAGUCUACAACAAGAGUGCUCUCGCUUAGAGGCAGAGUUGAAGGAGAAGAGGGAGCAGGUCAAACAACUGGAAGACGAUAGGAAGAAGCUUCCAGGUGGUGAUGAUGAUGCGGAAUGGCGAGAGCAGAUAGUGGAGCUGCGCCGUGAUCAUCAACGUCGAGAGCGCGAGUGGCAGCUUAAGCUCUUCCAAGAGGGUCGACGGGCCAAAUAUCUGGACGACAACCUCCAUAUCCUGGAAAACCAGCUUCAACAGAUCCCACAAGCGAGCUAUGCCUUCUACAAUCAGGCAAACAGCUCAAAUGUGGAUUUCGACAACACCACGCAACUCAAACGGCGGAGCAGGAACAGCAAUUCGUUUUCGAAUAUGGCACCAUCCCCCGCUCUGCCAUUCUCCACGACCGCAGAUGCAUCAGUAGCUCAGUCAACUGGUUUCAGUACUGCCCGAGUCCCUCCUGGUUUUGCGCAAGGUCCUUUCAUGGACUUUUCCGCAGAUAUGCCUGACGGUCUCGAUGAGGCGGCCAUCCAAGCACUGACUGCUGGUGCUCCUCUUAGUCCCUCGGCUACGGCUCUUCUUCCCAAAGAUAUCUUUGCGGAUCUAGAUGACGAUCCGCCGAGUCCAACAUCUCAUCUCUCUAGGCAGAGCCCCUUUGAGGCUGCUCAGCCAGCGUCUCCCGAACGCGACCCGCAGUCCCCAGCAUCAUCUCAUCGGUCAAUUGGUGUCUUCUCCAGUCCUCAUGGCUCGACUCAGAAUCUCCCUUUCCCUCAAUUAACCAGCGACAACAGCGAGAGAAGAUCGCUGAACUCCUUCACGGGCAACUUCUCGUCGCCUAACAUGGCUCCUGGUCAACCAAUUACAAAUAAACUCACUGGCCUCUUCUCGUUCCAGCGAAGCAAGACAGCCAAGGUGCCAGAGGAAGGACCUGCCCUUGGCAGCCUGAAGACGGGUCAGAGCCAGUCAUUUCCUAGGCAGACUGACGAGCCUGACGCAAAGCGAAGGAUCAGCCUUUCUAGCUGGAACGUUUUCAAUAGAAACUCGGUUGGGCCUGAUACCCUUGACACUUAUCCAGCGCCUGGAACGAGAGGUUUCUCUGCUAGGAACCUGUUAGCCUUUGGUUCUCGAGGCACGAGCGGUGUGUUCGCCGAACGAAACCCUGGCAGCCCACGCCCUGCUUCGAUUGCGUCUGCUGAGUUGCCAAGACCCUCCACCGACAGUGGCUCAAUCUGGGGACCACAUCAUGAUUUUGGCAAGUCGAGUCGCAUGUGGCCAAUUGGAUCCCCGGACAACGGAUGGUCUAGAAAUCCAUCUCGUCGACCCUCGAUACACGGCUCUCCCUCCGCUCUCAAGACAACUCUUGCCUCGGCGGAGGACGAAAUCCUCGACGAAGAAGCCUUACUUGAUCCUCAGGUCUCUCCCUCCCAAGUAGGCGUCAUUGGCAGCCGGCCUCCGGUGUCUAAGAAAGCGCUGGCUAAAGCUCUUAAUCCCAACGCUCCGUCUUUCAUGGGCAAUAUAUUCAGACCUAAGACCGACAAAGAUAAGGAGAAGGAUGAAAAGAUCUUGGACAAGGCCAGAUCCAAAGAGGCUAAGGGCUUGUCUAAGGAACGAAGUAAGGAUGCCAAGGAUAAACUCAAGGGCCCAACCUCGAACCCCGAUACUCCAUCGCUUGAUGAGUCACCAUCGGACUCGCGCAUGUCCAGGGAUACCUUCUCCGUCCAUACUCAGACUUCUGUAUCAGAGUCUAGAGAAUCUCUCACCCUCGAUCGCUCCAUCUCCAAUACGCCAUCCGAGCCGACCAGCACUGGCCUAGCCCCUAACUUCAACAAGGAGAACCCAGACAAUGUUGUGCGCAAGCUGUUCCGCAAGGGCAGUUCGAGCAAGUUCAGCUUCUCGUCCAGACUUGGCAAGAAGGGACCAGGAAGCACUACGAACUCGGAUAAGAACAUGUCGGCAGAGCGUUCCAGCAUUGGCGAUCUUGAGGAUUUGGGCGAUGAGGCAGGUUUGGGACGAAGCUACGAUAGCGUCACAAGCAGUCCUUCGCUUGGCCCUAGUACCUCUCUUGGUCCCAGCAGGUCCAAAGACAAGCCAGAGAGCCGCAUGGCUAACUGGGGUGCUCGUUUUUCCAUGAAGAAGAAGGGCAAGGAGAAGGAGAGCUUGGACAUUGACAGGGACAAGUUGCCGGAGAUCGAAGUAACAACAGAGGACGAAAGGGCUAAAUAA